AUGACUCAUAUCAACGAUGGGGUCCCAAUUCCCGCCGAUUUUUCCGCUGGCAGCGCCGUUAGCCCCGCGACGCAAGCGCGGCGGCGCUUCAUAGAGGACAAGGGCGCGGGGGACAACGUGGCGGCAGAGCGGGCGGAGAUGCUUGCGCGCGUGCUUGCACCCAGCGGGGACUGCCUUCCGCGAAUCAAGCUCGGCGCGGCAGGGGGGGCGGGGGAGGCGUCAGCGGGGUGGACGGGAGCGGAGGGAGCCACGCGGGCGAACACGACGCAGCCAAUCAGACGAGCCCAGCGGCGAUCGCUGACUCCGAACGGCAGCGAGUCGUCGUUCCCCCUGUCCGUCGCCUCUGCGACCACCUUCGUCGCCGCGUGCGUCGUCGCUGCUGGCGCGGCCUUCGCACGGCACAAGUCGCUUCCCACUCCGCCUCCUGCCUCAGUCUCAGCGAUGGUGGCACCGGCCAGUCUGCCAGUCAAGGAUCAGGUGCUGGGUCACUAUGCGGUGGAGGAAGCGCCUCACAGCGACCUGCGCCCCGUGCUGGGCGAUGGCAGUGUGCAGAUGCGCACAGCAGCAGCGCGCUCGUUUCUGUCAAUGCAGGACGCUGCCAGGCGGGAUGGCAUCUUCCUCACGCCCCUCUCCGGGUUCCGGUCGGUGCGGGACCAGCAGUCCGUGUUCUACGGAGUGAAGGCAGCGCGCAACCAGAACAUCAGACAGCGAGCCAAGGUGUCAGCCCCACCAGGCUUCAGUGAGCAUCACACAGGCUAUGCUCUCGACAUUGGGGAUGCCAACUCGCCUGCCACACAUCUUGAGUUUGAUUUUGAAAACACUGACGCGUUUUUUUGGCUUCAGAAGAAUGCUAACAG